UUAGAGAGGUAGUCACUGAUAUCAAAUAUACCUAAGAGUUGAAGUAAGUUAAGGACAGGGCAGAAGGUGGGGCCUAGACUGAGUCUCCAGGAGCCUUACUACAGGAGGUUCUGACUAGAUGGCAAGCCCAGGGCCUGAAGGGUGACUGGCAGGAGGGAUUGGAAACACAGUGUGGCGCUGGAAACAGAGGCUCUGGGACUGGUUUCCAGGCAAAGGAGAGAUGUCUCAGGAAGAGAGGAACCUGGUGUGUGAGGAGGUUGAACUCCCCGAUGCUGUAAAGGCUCAGUUACAUCCAGUGAUUAAGGCUUUCCUCUGCGGCUCCAUCAGCGGAACCUGUUCCACGCUCCUCUUCCAGCCUCUGGACCUCCUCAAAACCCGCCUGCAGACCCUGCAGCCCUCAGACGUAGGGCCCAGGCGUGUUGGGAUGCUGUCUGUGUUCUUGAAGGUGGUUCGCACAGAAAGUCUUCUGGGCCUUUGGAAAGGGAUGUCGCCUUCCAUUGUGAGAUGUGUCCCUGGCGUUGGAAUCUACUUUGGCACCCUGUAUUCUUCUAAGCAGUAUUUCUUGCGAGGCCAUCCUCCCACUGCCCUGGAAUCGGUCAUCCUGGGCAUGGGAUCUCGCUCUGUGGCAGGAGUCUGCAUGUCACCCAUCACAGUGGUCAAGACACGCUACGAGAGUGGGGCUUACAGCUACGAGAGCGUCUAUGCAGCCCUGCGGAGCAUCUACUGUAGUGAGGGCAGCCGUGGCCUCUUCAGGGGCCUGACAGCAACUCUGCUUCGUGACGCCCCCUUCUCGGGGCUCUACCUGAUGUUUUACAGCCAGACCAGGGCCACAGUGCUUCAUGGCGCAGACCAGCUGGAUGCUGCUCUGAUGCCCCUUGUUAAUUUCAGCUGUGGGGUAUUUGCUGGCAUUCUGGCUUCACUGGUGACUCAACCUGCAGACGUAAUCAAAACCCAUAUGCAACUCUCCACAGUGAAGUGUCAGUGCAUUGGCCAAGUGGCCACCCUCAUUCUCAAGACCCAUGGGCUGCGUGGCUUCUUUCAUGGCAGUGUUCCCCGGGCCCUCCGUAGAACUCUGAUGGCUGCUAUGGCAUGGACUGUCUAUGAAGAGAUGAUGGCCAAGAUGGGCCUCAAGUCCUGACGAGAGAGGGCUGGAAAGGAAGAUCUGCUGUCCGGCUGGUUCCUGCCAUGGCUGCUGCAGCUCACUCUCCUGGAGUCAGGGGAAGAACACAACAUCUCAAGAGCCAGGCACAAGUCUGCAUUCAAAGAGAGCAGAUAGGUAGCUGGAGCCACAGGCGAGGAGUUGUCAGUGCCCAUGGCUCCAUGCACACUCCCCAUCAGUGCUGUACACGGGGCUGGAAGCUUGGCUGCCCCACAAUGCUACUUGAGAGGAGGCCUCUGCUAGGUCGCUCUGUUUCAGCUACCUGCCUACAGUACAGGGCAACUUAGAAUGUUGGUAAUGAAGGAAUCCCACAGUAGAGAGGUGUGGGCCUCCUGCCAUGUCUGAGGGCAGGAGUCUCAAGUUAGGGAAGACUUGGCCUAAGAGAGCUGCGGUGGACCAGAGAGAUGGCUCAGCAAGGAGAGGUGCUUGACAGAGGCUGCAUUGGCCCUGGACCCACGAGGUACGGGAGAGAAUUGCUGCAAGUCGUCCUCUGACUUCAAACGAGCACUGUGGCAAGCACCCACACCCAGUGAACAAACAGAUGUAAUACUUUUAAAAUAAAGACUGCAGCAGGGUGGA